UAAGAUUUUUUAUUUAUAUAUUCAAUACGGUUUAAAAAAAAUAAAAUAAAUAGGUAAGACUUAUUUACAUUAUUUGUAUACACACAAAAUCAAAUAGCACAUAUACAUGCAUAUAUGUAUGUACAUAUACGUACAUACAUAUACAUGCAUAUACAUUAUACACUCUAUUCAAAGUUUGAAGUAUUUUAUAAAUUUUGAAAAGAAAAUUUAAUUAGCUUUAAUUAUUAAUAUUGUAAAUAUUGAAAUUUUAUGUAGUUUUAUAAAUUUUAUUUUGUUAAUGUAAUAAUAUUGUUCGGAAACAUAAAAAUUGACAUUUUAAUAAAAUAAUUAUAUUAUGUAUAAAGAAGAUACAAUGUGUGUAGAGAAGGAAAAACAACUAUAGAAAGGGUUAAAAAGUAAAAACGCUUCAAAUAUUUGAAUAAUAACGUAUGUACGCUAAAAAGUUAAUAAAUUCAUUAAAAUAGUUAUAUCCCAUACUUUGAUCAUUUCUUGAAACUUUCAAAGCAAAUAUUAAACGUGCAAAAAGACAGGGAAAGUUUCAGUGUAAGCCAACUGUCAAAUAGAACAUUGCGAUACACGCACAUAAUUUUUAUAAAACGCACUCCUAAACUGAAAAACAAAAUCUGUAUAAUUUCAUCAUUUUAUAUUAUUUAUUAAUUAUCACAAAUAUAUAUCAUUACAAAUAUAUUAAUAAAUAUAUAAUGGAUGCGCUUCUCUAAUUAUUAUUUAACACAUAUUUUAAUAAUUUCUUAAUAAUAAAUAUAAUCCUAAUCAUUUCAGCUAAAAAUGUGUUUUGCAUACCUAAAAAAAAAAAUUGAAAGGAAAUAGAAUCAACAUGCAAUCUCAACUCUUUAAUGUAGGGAGGUCAAUGCCCCUAAGCAUACCUUGUCGUGUGUUAAAUUACACGCUUACAAGCGCUUACUUCGAAUAUUCGUAUGAACCCGUGUAUACAAGAAUGACAAUAUGAUUUACCACCAUGCCUGACGCAGGCGCAACACUUGCUAUUCAAUAACAGAUAAAGUGACGUUAUAGUAGCGGGACUGCCAGUCGCUAUGCGUUUACCUUACCACGUUAGGUGCUUUUUUCUUUUUACACAUCAGUCAGUACGUUAAAUUCCCUUCGCGUGUAGUUCGGGUUGAUAAUCGAUAAACGAGAGUGAUUAAUAAAAACAAUCGUUAUUUUCGUGCAUGGAUAUGAGAUGGAUGAUAAGCGCGUGAAUAUUUUCGCAAAUAAUGGAUGUGAGCUCGUUGGUCCCGGCGGGACUUCAAGGAUCGCAAUUAAAUGCAUGCGAAGUUCAAGCGGGAUACAAUAAGUUGUCUGAAAAUUUGCGAAGAUUCACACCGCAGGCUUUACAGUGUGCCAUUUUUUGCGGUGGGUCCAGAUGCAAGUAUGAGAAUCCGAAAACGUGGCCGGCUGUCCACAUGGCAAUACAGAACAUCUUUUCGCAUUGGGUAACUGACGAUGUCCUUGCAAUGGCACGACCCAAUACCGCGCAAAUAAUAAAGAAAGAUAUAAUUGCCCAAUUCCAAGGGUGGAGUAUAAAAACCAUAAUAAACCUGCAAACACCUGGUGAACACGCAAGCUGCGGUGGUCCAUUAGAAGAGAGCGGUUUCACGUAUGACCCUAAUGUUUUUAUGAAAAACAACAUUUACUAUUAUAAUUUUGCCUUGAAAGAUUACGGUAGCGCUACGGUGGGAAAACUUUUGGACAUGGUCAAGGUUGUAGCCUUCGCUGUGCAAGAAGGAAGAGUGGCCAUUCACUGUCAUGCCGGUCUCGGCAGAACCGGUGUUCUGAUAGCGUGCUACCUUAUUUAUAGUCUUCGUGUAAGGGCGAACGAUGCUAUUAGAUUUGUCCGCAUGAAGCGUCCCUCCGCUAUACAAACACGCGGGCAAAUAAUUUGUAUUCAAGAAUUCGAGCACUUCGUGCUUCCGCAAUUGAUAGUAUUCCCUUCGCACAGUACAACGGGAGAUCGCAGACUCUAUAGUAUUCAAUCGUACCUGAAAAAACAAUACAAUAUGCUACACGGAUAUGAGCAGCGCACCUUCAAGCAUAUUCCAAAAAUCGUUUUUAUUAUUUGUGAGCGGAUACUGCAGCUCUGCGAUUGUCAAGAAGACAAUUCGCCUUCCGAGAUUAUGUAUACGGUCUCCAACGUGCCUUUUACGCAAAAGUUUAUCUGCCACGUAUUGGAGAAAUUCCGUGACGGCAAGGGUAAUAUGCGGCACUCCUAUUCGUGGGCGGAAUCCCUUACGGACUCCUACGAAUACUCGACUUCCAUAAAAGCAUGCAGUAGCAGUCAGGGUUCGUCCCGAGAUACCUGCGAUGAUAUAGGAAGAUUGAGCGACGUAUUUUGUAUGUCACCGGAUACUCCUUCUUGUGACUCCACAUUCCCAGGUCUGGACGACAGUUGCGUAGAUGAUGUUCUAGGUGAUGGCAUUCACGAUCAAGAUCUGGUUGAUAACAACUGUUACAAGGAAAUUCAGUCACACAUAGACUUAAGAAGCGUCUCCCGCAAUGACUACGAGACGGUUACAGCCGAAGAAGCUAUCAAAGCACUCAUCAGAGAUAACGCUUCACUUCCUGAUUCCAUAAAGAAACGUUUGCAGGAGUAUCAGAAUGACUUGAAUCAUCGAUGUACUGCCUGGCAACGAUUAGAAUUGGAAACUAAUUUGGAACUGUUAUCAGCUUUACUAUUCGAAUGGUUGGAAGGUCUUAAGCAUCCUCUUCUUGAUGUUGACAGCCUCAGUUACAUUGUCGCGUGGAGUUCAAAACCGCAACGAUGCCUCGCGAAGCUACCUGCCUGCACAAGAUACUUAUUAGAGUACCUUUUGCGAUUCGUUACUCGCUUAAGGCCUGUAACAGCUGAGAGCCAGAGUUUAAUUACCAAAAGACUAAUGGCGGCACUGACGCAACAAACAAUUUGGAUCAAAAAUUCUUUUCAUCCCUCAAACAAACAUUUCCACAAAUUGCGACGCGGCACCGCUGGUAAGCUUAAUGAAUUUUUCGUUCGUCUGACGAACUUGAUAGAGGAAGUUAAUACGCAAGGAUUGGACAAACCACCAUGGGCGUCGAAGUGGGAAUUAUUAGCUAAUCACUUGCGGGAUAUAGAUAAUCAGAAAAACGAUGGAUAAAUGUGACGGAUUUACAGUUUAGCAUUUUGACAAAUUUUUUUCUAUAAUAAUUGCCAACGAUGUAGAUAAGUCUCCCAUUUUUCAUUUUUCAUCAAAUACGGACAAAACAAAUUAUUUAUCAAUUAUAUUAAUCGUCCGCAAUAUAUUGACAAUUUUCUUAUUAAAAAGGUGAAAAACAUAUUAUCUGUAAUAGCAGCUGUAGAUAAUCGUCUAAGCAGAAUUCAAUAUACUAAAGAGUAAGAAAUGAGUUUUGUAACGACAUAAAAUAAAAUAGUAGAGAAUAUCUUUGUUAAUAUCAAAAAUUAUUGUUGCUCUAUCUGUUAUAUAUGUUUGACAAUCGCGCACUCUGACAUAUGAAGUAAUCGAACACUAUUAUUCUUUUAAAGAAAAAUUAGACGAUUCAACUUCCAAUAUUAGCAGCGACUACUGUGGAUUUAUAGCUCGCUUAAAAGAAUUAUGUACUUUUUACUACGGAACUUCAGCAUUCGACCAACUCUGAAUGCUAACAAUUCCGAUAUAAUUAUAAAUUUAUAAUAAUGACUUUUACAAUAAAACAUUUAAUUUUUUAAUGAAAUGUAUUUAGUAAUAAAAGAAUUAUAUAUUUAACAAAUUAGUUUUAUGUAAAUAACUUUAAAUAAAGACGAAUAUUUUAGCAGUGAUUAGAAGUAAAUAUUUUAAUUGUAAGCAAAUCACUAAUUUUAUGGAAAUUAAAGAGAGAAAGAAGUGAUUUGCAAUAUGACAAUUAACAAAUAAAAAAAAUUAUAUAGAAACAGAAAAUAUUAGUGUAUAAUAUAAUAUGUAACAAAAUAUUAGAAUAAUUCUAAAUUGUAAGAUUAAUAUCUCGCAUUGUAAUUAAAACAUUCAGUUGUUUAUUAGAUGAUCGGUUUUAAUUUGACUUUAUCAAACUUAUUUGAUGAAAUCAUUAUUGCAUUUUAAUAGAAAUAAAUGAUGUUAAAGUGUUUCAUCAAAGUCUCCCUAUAUGCGUAAUAUGUUAUUCGCAGUUUAAUUAAGAUUUUUUUUAAUUUACAGUUAACAAUAAUAGAAUACAUUAUCAGCUAUGGAUAAAAUUGUUUUAACCAUAGAUAAAAUCCUUGUAUAUCUCAUUUUUACCUCAUUAUUGUUGCCAAAUCUUUUGCCAUUAGUUUUAAUACAACUUUGUGACGUUUUUACAUUAUUUGCUCGUUACAUUAAAUAAAUUACACCUAAUUUAAA